GAAAAAAAAAACACAAAAAGGAAGCUAUUAGUUUCUGGUAAGUGUAUGGUUGCGUGGUUAGGGCGCAACUGUCUCUAUUAUCGGAAAUCAACAAUUCUGUUACUCUUCUUCAAAUUCCCCUUUUCUCAACUGAGCAACAAGUGCUGAAGUGUUAGAUUAGAACAAUGGACACUCAAAGUGCUAAAGGCACUGUUGAUAUUGAUCUUGGAGGGGUUUCUUCCAGUGGAGAAGCAGCUGGGGAUCUGGGUGAUGACACAGUAACAAUGCUCGGUGGGCUGGAACUGAAUCGGGCGUGUUUUUCUGAGAAAGUCGCAAACUUAAGCAAUUUUGUAAUGCACUUGGAAGCUCUCGAGGUUGAAUUGGAGGGCUUUGUUUUGGACAGAGAAGACAAUGAUGUGGACGUGGGUUGUGUUGGGAAGUUUCUUGAGUUUGACCUGUUAUGUGGGGUGUUGGGUUCUGAGGUUGUGGAAUUGGAUAGGUUCUUGGACGCCCUUCAUGCUGAGAUUGCUGAUGCUGGAGAUAGGGCAGCCUCUUGCAAGCCCUGGCAAGACAAUUUGCUUGAUUCCGAACAGAGUUUGAAGCAGUCCGAGGAGCAGUUUUCAGAGAUUAAGAAACUAUCUGCUAGUUUUGAGAGAACUUUGUCUUCUUAUAAGUGGGGAGGAAAUGACAAUGUUGAAGAUGUUGAAAUCACCCUAGAGGAUGAUGAAUCUUUAAAUGUAAGCCCGGUAAUAACCAUGCACACAACCGAGCAACAGAGACUUGUUCUGAGGAUGCUUGAGAAAUCUUUAGCAAACGAAAUGGAUCUUGAGAAGAAUUUCUUUGACUCAAGGAAAAUUGAAGAAAAUCUAAAACAAAGGAUGGCUUCUUUAGAACAAAAGCUAAGUCUCGUGGAGGAAGAAGCAACUGAUGUUUGGGAAAGAUGGCUUGAGGCAGAUAAUACACGUGAGAUACUGAUAGGAAUUUCGAAAGAGCUGUUGGGUAGACUCCAAAUUUCUCAGUUCAAUUUGAAUGGUUUAAGUCAGCGUGAAUCUGUGCUCAGAGCUAAGCUUGAAACUCCUCUAGAACAAUUGGCAGAGAGGGAUGUUACGUCAGACCAGAUUGAGCAAUUGAAUGGUAAACUAGUUCUUGCCAAUUCUGAGGUUGCCACUUUAAGGGACAAGGUGUGUUCACUUGAGAAGCAGCUAAAAGAAUCUGAAAGCCAGCUAAUCAAUGUGAAGGCAUCUGCUGAUGCAUAUCAGAAACAGUAUACUGUUUUGUGUUCUGAAGUGAGAGAGACGGAAGGUAUUAUCCUUGAAUUGAAAGAAAAUAUAUCUAAUGCAGAAAGUCAGGCUAAUACUGCGGAAGCAAAUUGUAAGUUAUUGGCAGAGGCUAAUAGUGAACUCAACAGGCAGAUAGCUCUUUCGAAAGAUAGUGUUGGCAAAUCUGAGAGGGCUGAGUCACUUGAGAGGAGGCUAAGGGAAUCUGAUUUACUGCUGCAGCAUGCUGUAGCAUCUGCCGAAGCUAGUCUAGAGAAGCAAAAUAUGUUGUAUUCUACAAUUAAAGAUAUGGAGCAAGUGAUCAAGGAUCUUAAGUCAAAGGUCUCUAAAGCAGAGAGCCGGGCUGACAAUGCAGAGGAGAAAUGCAUCCUAUUAUCUGAAUCCAAUACUGAUUUAAACGAGGAACUAAGAUUCUUGAAGAGCAGAUUGCACUGCUUGGAAGGAUCACUACACCAAGUGGAAGAAACAAAAGUGGCAUCUGCAAAGGAUAUUGGAAAGCAGACGAAGGUUUUCAAAAGUUUGGUCAUGCAGCUGGCUGUUGAGAGAGAGCGUCUUAAUAAGCAGCUGUCUUCCUUAGCAAGUGAGAACAAAAUAUUGGUUGUGAAGCUAAAGCAGACAAAUAAGUAUCCUCAAGAAGUUAGUGUGGCUUUGACAACCGAUCAACAUGAGGACAGGACUUGGAAAAACUCAUCAACAAAUGAUGAUAAUGAAGAAAAAUUUGCAGAUUCUAUGCCAGAUGCUGAUUCUGUGAGGAGAAUAGAUGCAGGAGUUCUUAAUUUUAAGCACUUAUUCAUGCUAUCAGUACUUGUCUUGCUGUUUUCCGCCGUGACUUAUCUGAAUGUUGAUGUCAAUUUUUGAAUGAAUAGUCACAUUUUUUCCCCUUGCUUUUGGGAUGUAGGAGGGGAAUAAUGAGGUGUGGAGUUAUGGAACCCUAACCUUAAAUAUCUCGCAAAGGUCAGUAUAGGUUACAACUUACAAGGCCAUUGACACUGUAGGUUUUAGUGGAAGUUGUUGUGCAGAAAUCGAGUUUUGUACUAAGGGAGAAAAUGAUUGUGGUAGAUAUGAUCCGGUCCCUUAUAACUAGUUUUGAGAUUAUACUUGGUAAUAAGCAUAUGAUGGACCAUUUUUCUUAAAGAACUUCUGUUGCGAUCUUAUCCUUUUUGGCUAAUGGGAUAUGUUAAGAGUUGUUGAUUAAGUUGAGUGUAGCAGAGGAAGAUAUUAGUAUCUAUAAUGUGACUC